AACAACGUCUUCUUCUCCCACCCAGGCGGGAUCUCUUCCUAGGUUUCAAACAUGUCGCAACCCAAAUAUCUCACCGGCGACAAAGCUGCGAUCCAGGAGUUCUUGGAUAGGUUUGACGUGUUUCUCUUCGACUGCGAUGGCGUCCUCUGGUCUGGAGACCACCUCUUCCCAAAGGUCCCGGAGACACUUGAUAUGCUCAGGAAAGCUGGCAAGCAACUCGUCUUCGUAACGAACAACAGCACCAAAUCCCGCGCCGACUACAAGAAGAAAUUCGAUAAAAUGGGCAUCGAAGCCAAAGUGGAAGAAGUCUUCGGCUCCUCCUAUAGCGCCGCCGUCUACAUCGCGCGCAUCCUCGCCCUGCCCCCACCCAAGAACAAAGUCUUCGUCGUCGGCGAGACCGGCAUCGAGCAAGAACUCGAUGCCGAGUCCGUCCCCUACAUCGGCGGCACCGACCCAGCCUUCCGCCGCGACAUGACGCCUGACGACUUCGCCGGCCUCGCCAACGGCUCCGCGCUCGACCCCGACGUCGGCAUCGUCCUCACCGGCCUCGACUUCCACAUCAACUACCUCAAGAUGGCCACCGCGCACCAGUACCUGCAGCGCGGCGCCAAGUUCCUCGCCACGAACAUCGAUAGCAGCCUGCCGAUGUCGCAUGCGCUGUUCCCCGGCGCGGGCAGCACGGGGGCGGGGAUUAGGUAUGCGGCGGGGGCGGACCCGGUGGCAUUGGGGAAGCCCAGCCAGGCGAUGAUGGAGGCGAUUGAGGGGAAGUUCCACUUUGACAAGGCGAGGACGUGCAUGGUGGGGGAUAGGCUGAAUACGGAUAUUAAGUUUGGGAUUGAGGGGAAGCUUGGGGGAACGCUGGCGGUGUUGACGGGGGUGAAUAAGAAGGAGGAUUUCUUGCGGGAGGGCAGCGAGGUUGUGCCGAUGGCAUAUGUGGAUGUGUUGGGGGAUUUGGUUGCGUGAGGGUGAGAUGGAUGGGGCGUGCUGAGAUCAGGAGGGGGUUGCCGACUGGACGUGUGAGCCGUCCCUUCAUGCAGUGCAUUGAGGCACUAUGAGGCAGGAUCGUUUGAGCAGACGCCGUUCAUCACAGCAGUGUAAGUGUUUAUAGAUUCCAGUGUAAGGGAAGAAAUAGACUAGAUUAGACGUUGACGAAAGACGUGUCAUGAGUGUAAGGACUCAUCUGAGUUGGCACUUCAGAGAAGGACCAGAAGUA